GCGCCAAGAAUCACAUGCCCGGAGGGGAUGUCUCCCCACUGGUCAGGGCCCCAACCUCGCACUUGGACUUGUUCGAACGCCUCUCGCACCUCACAUUUCUCGCGGAAUCCUGUUGAUUUGUGCAUCGAGCGAGUGAAAACGCGAUCCAGGAUUCUAGACACGCGAGAUAGCAGCAAUUAUCGAGAAAGUGCUUUCCAGCGAUGCGAUGAAACGUGUCUGUUGAUUUCCAAUGUCGAGAUUUCCGGUACAAUGGAGGUCGGGUGCAUCUCAUGCCUCCCAUCGGUCGCUUCUCCUGCUGUUUGUCUCGUUGCUGUUGCUUCGCUCUCGCCUGAUUACAGGACCAAAAGAUUUUGUCAAGAAACUGAAGGCUGUCACGGCAAAGCGGCCAAUUACCCCAGAAGAGCUUGCACGAGCUCUCCAACAGGUCUACAUCAGUGAAGCUAAUGGCAGCGAGACACUGCUUGUACCUAAUGACGAGGGAAUAACGAAGGUUCUCAUCCGCCAUACUCCCCCUUCCGUCUUCGCUGCGAAUGCCAAACACUUCCCUCCCGUACCCACGUCUCACAAACCCAACCUUGACAAGGCGUUCCUUAAGCAGCUCCUUGCAAUCAUGCGCAUCGCGUUCCCCACCUGGCAUUCACGUGAGGCUGCGAUACUCCUUGCGCACAACUUCUUCCUCGUCUUCCGUACUGUGCUCAGCAUAGCUGUUGCACGACUCGAUGGGCGCAUCGUGCGGGAUUUGGUCAGCGCGGACGGGAUAGGCUUUUCGAAGGGCUUGGGUUUGUGGUUCGCUCUCGCCAUCCCGAGUACUUACACGAACACUAUGAUCCGUCACUUGCAAGCAAAGCUUUCCCUCAGGCUACGAACGCGCUUAUCGCGGUACACCGACGACUUGUACCUGUCCUCCUUCCCCGACCUGAGGUACUAUCGGGUUGCACAGGAGGGUGGCCUCGAAGAUGUCGAUCAAUACAUCACUUCCGACAUUGCUGCCUUCUGCGAUUCGCUUUCUGGCAUCUAUGGGAACGUGCUCAAGCCAUCCUUGGACUUGCUGCUAUUCACCUCGCAGUUGUCGCGCACCCUUGGCGUACGAGGCACGAUCCUGCUCGGCCUCAAUUACUACGUGACUGCGGCCAUCCUCCGAGCGGCGACGCCGGCGUUUGGGCGCCUGGCAGCUGUAGAGGCUCAGCUAGAGGGCGAGUAUCGUGCGGGGAUGGGUAGAAUUGAUCGUGAGAGCGAGGAGAUCGCUUUCUAUGGAGGGGGACAGCGAGAGAGAAGCAUCCUGUGGCGCGCAUAUUCUCGGCUGAUCAAGCACAUUAAUUCGAUAUACAAGAUCCGGAUAGCAUAUGAGUGGACAGAAGACUUCGUGAUCAAAUACCUAUGGAGCGCGGCGGGAUACUGUUUGAUUUCCGUCCCGGUCUUCCUCACGAGACGCAAGAACGCCGCUGUCCAGACAGGCGGAUUGCAUAACCUCAGCAGGGUCAAUGACGAGGUGGCGAACCGUACUGAAACCUACAUCUCCUCUCGUCGGUUGCUCCUCUCACUUGCCGAUGCGGGUGGACGGAUCAUGUAUGCAUACAAAGACCUGCUCGAGCUCGCGGGCCUCACCACCCGACUGUAUACCCUUCUCUCCACCUUGCACAAUCUCCCUCCUCUCCCGCCCAACACGGAUUCAGCGCACGAGGACUGGAUCGAGCUCAAGCACGUGGACGUCGGUGUUCCCCAAGGCAAGGCAUCCGACUCCAGCGCGUCUGCGCCCUCGUCGUGGAUACUGGUCAAAGACUUGUCACUCGCCUUGCGCAAGGGCGAGCAUCUAAUGAUCACGGGAAGCAACGGCGUGGGCAAGACGGCUGUCGCUAGGGUGCUGGCGGGGCUGUGGGCCGCGCAGGGCGGGGGAGAGGUGCGCAUACCGCCAGGGAGGAAGGGCGUGUUUGUCGUGCCGCAGCGGUCGUAUAUGGUCACAGGGUCCCUGCUUGACCAAAUCAUCUAUCCUCACUCGUACCCGGAGUUCUUGGAAUCGGGAAAGACGGAGGAAGACCUUUUGAAGAUUUUGACUGCGGCGAAUUUGGCGUACCUUCCGGCACGCGAGGGAGGCUGGUUUACAAGGAAGGAGUGGAGAGACGUGUUGAGUGGCGGUGAGAAACAGAGAAUGGGGCUGGCACGAGUGUUCUACCAUAGACCGAAGUUUGCUGUUCUAGAUGAAUGCACAAGCGCUGUAUCUAGUGACGUUGAGGGUAGGAUGUACGAGCACGCGAAAUCACUCGGAAUCACUCUCAUUACGAUAUCUCUCCGACCGUCGCUCAUGCGUUAUCACACACAACUGCUCACGUUGGAGGGCGAUGGCACCGGAAAGUGGACGCUGUCGCGCAUGGGCACCGCGGAAGAGCGGGUGGGUAUAGAUCGUGAGAUCUCGACGCUGGAGGGCAAGCUCGCAGAUGUGGAGCAGUGGGAGGCGAGGGUAAAGAAGCUGAAUCAAAUGCUGUCUGUACAAGAGCAGUGAAGGCGACUAUUUCGUGCAGUGCCUUGCGAGUUAUCGUGGAUUACCAACUUACUAUUUGAUGUGUUUUCGACUGUAGAAUACCUGCAAUUUAAAUUUUUCGAAUAUCUGAUGACUUGAGGAC